AUGGCCUUCACACCUGGGGCUGUGUGGCGGACAAUGGCCCCACCAAACCUGAACUUCUGGUUGAUUGCAAAAGUGAGCAUGUUUUCCAGUUUAUUCACAGAAAUUACCUUCUAUGCCAUGCAUCGGAUCAUGCACAUGAAAAAGAGCAAAAAUCCAAUUGUCAAAUAUCUCUGCAAAUGUCACAAGAUUCACCACAUGGUUGAUUCACGCCAAUUGAAAUCUCAUGAUGCUGUUCGCGUGCAUUUUGUUGAGACAAUCUUUAAUGUGAUUGGCAUUCUUGGCGGACCCUUGCUGAUGGGCUGUCACCCCAUGGUCACGUUGUCUUCUUUUACCUUCACAGUGGCCAAUGCUUUCAUCAGCCAUACUGACUACUUUGACUUUCACAACAGCAAUCACAUCUUGCACCACAAGCGCAGUGACUGCAACUAUGGCCUGACAGGCAUGAUGGACUACAUUUUUGGUACAGGCAGAACAGAAAGCAAGUAA